AUGCCACCUGCAGAAAUCCCACGACCUUCGUCGCCUCUCGUAGGUUGGCGAGGUGAUAUGUCGUGUUUGACAAGAUCGUCACAAGAUCAACAUCAUCCUCAAGAGAUCAGCCGCUGGUCUAAGACGACGACAGAAUCAGAGUCCUCCGAGAAUCUACGAGAGACGUCGCCCCAGAAGUCACGUGUGCAGAAGAAAAAUUCAAAACGCAACAGGCAAUCAAAGGACAUGACGAAUUCUAGUCCUGUGGACCCAUCCUCCGAUCGAGUUACCAGCCCGUGUCAACCAAUUGACAACCUUGGCAUGCCUCCAAUCGCCGUGGCAGGUCCGGAUGAACCUCGAUCUUUCUAUGACUCCGGUUCAGAUGAUUCGGAUGACGAUGAGCCUGUUAUUCACCGAGCAAGCAGCGUUCGUGUCAGCAAACCCCAUAUCGUCCAGCAAGGCAAUGCAUCUGGCGGCUCUGUUCCAAAGCUAUUCGGCCCCCAUUCAGCGCCAACAAAUGAAGAAAUCCCGACACCAAAAGGGCAACAAACAUUAAGCUAUGGAACUAAGAACUCAACCCAUGGAACUCCCUCUGCCGAGAAGACGGAGAAGGAUCUAGUCCGAGGCGGACCACAAGACGCUUUGAAAGUCUUGGAAGGUCAAGAUUCUGAGAAAGACUCCUUGACUGCUCGUUCGCCAAACCCAGCCGAAGAGACCACCGGGCAAAAGGAUGCCAUGACACGAACGAUUCUCGAAUAUCCCGAUGCUCCCGGUAGAAAUGAGGCGCUUGAGACCCUACCGGCGCCCAUGGGUGGCUUUGAAUCAGUUCACAUAUCGAGGACUAACACCGAGACAGCAUACUCAAGCAGCACAUAUAUCUCUCCAUCCUCCAUUGACGGCCUGCGCUCCAAUCCCACCACUGAAAACGACAAGAGACUCUCACGAGCCAUCUCAGCUCCAGUCCGCAACUCUGGUCGUCGUGUCAUGAUCCGGCCGGCGGACUUGGUAACGGAUCGGGCCAAUCAUGACCACAAGCUCUUCCGAGAAUCCAUAGUCAGCACACCCUACCCUGCUCGCCAAAGCAGCAUCAGGGAGAUCGAUGAAGUGCCAGCAGCACCAGAAGCGAAAACAGCUCAACAGCCGCGACGUGCCAAACGUCUCUCCAACCACAAGGAAGACGAAUCCGAAGAGGAGGACAAAUACUCCGAUGCGAAAGAGCAAAAUGAGAAGAAUAGUGGCAAGGCAGACCAACCACCGGAGAUCCCUCUGUCCACCAAACCUGUGUCCUCUUCUGCUCCGACGACGUCCAAAUCCGACCGCUUCCCGUCUCCGGUUGCUCCAGAGAUCUUGUUCCUCGACCUCCGUCUCACGCGCCACCCAGAUGCCGGCGUCACGGUCGAAAUCGAAAUCACGGACAAGACCACCUUUGACGACGAGCAGCUCUUCGCCAUCGUCCGCAACGCCUACACCAAUAAGUUAUUGGGCAUGUCGAGGCGAUUUUUCUGCGCCAGGAUCCUGUCAUACGCGAGCGUGGCUGACCAUCUCAGUCCAAACCUCGGAGUUAUUCCUUCUCCACGAAGGGACCGCGGCUAUUGGCGCGGGGGCCAAGCAGCGGCCAUGGCAGCGGACAUCGAUGGCGGCGAUUUCGUCAAGCACCUGCUCCAGCCACGGCAUGGACGGAGGAGAAAAAUAUGGCUCCUUUGGCUCCGCAACCAUCAACGUCAUGAAUCAUCGACCACCUCCUCGUUCGCUCGCCGGUCGCGCAUGGUGCCUCCUGGCAGCCCCCGACAUGCUCCCGCGAGCCCGGUGUUCUCGUUCGCCCACUCUCGAAAUUGCAGCAGUGGAAACCACAACGACUCGUCCCCGAGUAUGGAAACUGCUCCUAACUCAGCGCUCGGCAUCGGAAGUAGGAGCAACCUCAGCGUCAAACCCAGCGUCGCUCUCCGCACCGAGUCGCUGGCAGCCGUGUCGUCGCGGCACUCGCACGUGCCCGUGCAAACGGGUCCGCCGACAUUGUACCUGCACCACACAUUUUCGGUACGUAAAAUCUUAGCUGGCUUGUUGACGACAUUCUUCCUCGCUGUCUCUGUUGCUGUCAUGUGGAUCGUCUUCGGCCCCCCGGGUCGUCGCGCCGACCAGGGCAACGGCACCACGACGUCCGAAGGGAAGGAGUAUACGCUCAGUUGGAAGCGGGAUGCGCAGGGCAGAGUGCUGGUGGGUUUGGUGCUGGGGAUUCUUGUCCUUGAUCUGGGUUUGGUUACAGAGGCGGUCUGGGCGUGGGCGAGCUGGGUUCUGAUGUAG